AUGAAGAUGUGCACAUUUCUUGCAGCUUCAGAGGCAGAAGAAUUACCAACCGCUCACGACGAUGAAAAUGAGGUCACAUAUCAAAAGAAUAGAAUAAGAUACAGCAUUCAUGACACGGAGUUUGAACCAAACGUUGACCAAGACUUUCAAACAGGCGGUUCAGAAACUCACCAUAGGAUACCUCAUAUAAUUCAUUUUAUUUUCAUAUCUUCUAUAGAAAGCAAAAAUGAUUUACCAGAAAUGUUUAAAGCAAAUGUUAAUUCAUUCUUCCAUUUCAAUCCUAGUUGGACAUACUAUUUUUGGACGAACAUUUCAGCUCGGCAGCUCAUAGCAACAAAGCACCCAUCGUUGCUGGAAACUUGGGACAAUUAUCCGCUCGUUAUCAACAAAGCGGAUGCUUUACGUUAUGUGUUGCUUUAUGAAUUCGGGGGUGUUUAUGCCGACCUAGAUAUGAAAUGUUUACGACCAUUAGACAGGGCAACUAUUAAAUAUUCUUGCAUACUUACACCUGAACCAUUCGUGCACAGUGCAAUCAUUUACAAAAUGCCAUAUUUACUUAGCACUGCUUUUAUGAUGUGCCGGCCAAAACAUCCGUUCAUGAAAGUAGCAAUACUCUCUCUAUCAAAAUUUGCCACAAGACCUAGUCCAUCAGGGAAAGCAGGGCCCACGUUUUUAACAUUCAUGUUUAAACGUUAUAAUAAAUUGACGCAUAGAGAUGAGCACAGAGUAAAGACUCAAUUCGAAAGUAACUCUCCAUACUUUUAUAAAGGGUCUCUACGAGAGGACCAUAUUAAUGCUGUAUAUGUAGCAAACACAAAAUACUUCAUGAACAAUUUUGACAAACGUGUAGAUUUCGAUAGCAUGUGUUUUGGUGCUAACAUACAGAUUGUGCAACGAGGAUGCAUUCUUUGGCUUCAGAGAAAAUCAAUUAAGACUAAAAACGUAUAUUCAUACACUGACCACAACUGGGCACAUGUUUAUUCCUUUCGUAACUCAACACGGAUGGUUCGAAUAGAUAGUGUUAUUACAACAUCAAAAUUAAAGCUAUAG